AUGGACGAAUUCAAGAUUCCCAAGAAAUCCUCGCUCGCAAUCAUCCUGUUGUCGAAUACGCUUAUGCAGGUAUCUUUUUUCAUCGUCGUCUCUACGUCGAACGAGUAUGCCCUCCAUCUAGGCGGUACCUCAACCUUUUCGGGUGUUGUCAUCGGUAUACCUACAGUCUUCUCUGGACUGACCCUCCUUCCAUUGAUGAAAUUCGACCGAGGCGGAUACUCGAUUCCACUCCACAUCAGUUGUGCUGCCAACAUGAUCGGACUGAUCAUAUACGCAUUAGCGUACAGAGCCAAUUUCCUCUACCUCAUCCUUAUUGGUCGAAUCGUCAGCGGAAUCGGGUUUUCGAUGUGGAUGUACUGCAAGCGGUACUGUUCGGACCCCCGCAUUGUCGGCAUCAGAAGGCGAACGACGCUAGCUAGUUGGUUAGUCUCCGGUAAUGGAGUAGGAAUGUGUGUCGGUCCAUUCCUAGGAGGUGUAUUUUAUCGUUUUAUCGGGUUCAAACACGAGGGAACACUCCGUGGCGAUCUUUGGAAUGGGUUUACGAGUGCAUCAUGGGUGUUGGCAGGCAUUUGGGCGGUGUUUUGGGUUGCGGCUUGGCUAUGGUUUGAAGAUAUUUCGACGGUCAAGGUGGAGGAGAAGGUUGCGAUGGAGGUUGUUCAACAGCAACCUGAGCAGGUUAUACCAGAUCGGGAGUUUGAUGGUUCAUACUCCACAUCUGCUCGGACAGACAAGGGUAACACUGCUGUUGACACUCGAGGAUCUGGUCCAGCUAAUGGUCCGACUAUAGAGGCAUUGGAAGACUCCUCACGUACCAAUCUACUGCACGAGUCGUUCGAGGUCACCCUCCCGCAAUUUGGCGUCAUGUUUUGCAUGUGCUGGUUCGCCAUGACUUGUUUCUUCAUCCUCGGAGCAUGGGAAGCCAACAUUCCCAUCUUUGCCUCGAAAACGCCUUCCCUCCACUUCUCACCUUUCGCAUCAGGCAAUUUCCUUGCCGCGGGCGCCCUUGCUUGUUUCCCGUUUUUCAUCCUGAAUAUAUUCGUCGCUCGUCGUGUUCAAGACCGUUACAUCUUGAUGUUUGGUACAGGCCUUGGGAUACUCGCACUCAUAACGUUCCUUAUACUGGUCGCUAUCCCUUCCAAAUCUUCCAACCCCGAUGAAGUUGGGUUUGUAGGCGGAUAUGGUGGCGCUUUUAUGUGCUGGUUUGCUGUUGCACUUGGGUUCAAUGUGGCGAGCACGGUGACGAUCAGUUUAUUGAGCAAGCAAGUUCCUCCGACACCCAAGUGGAAUGGAAGAACGUCUCUUGCGAUUCAGUAUAGUAAUUAUCUUGGACGGGUCACUGGUGCAGUUUGGGGAGGGUCUGGAGUGAAGGUUGGUAUGCCUGCUUAUGUUGGAUUGGAGAUAGCUAUCGUCGGAAUUGGGGGUGUGCUGUCUCUUCUGUUGUGGAAGAAUUUGAAGGCCAAGACGGGAUAG